CGUCUCGCAGGCUGCGGCGGCCGCGGGAGAGGCGUCCACAGCGGCGGCAGCUGGGGCAGCGGCGGACGCGCGGCCGAGGAGGGCGGCGGCGACCCCGGGUCCUUCUGUGGUACACCCGGCAAAAGAUUAACACUCACUUGACGACGGAGAAACGGAGAAACGACAGGACUCUAGGGGGCCACAGCCCUGGUUUGGGAGCCCAGACUUGCCAGCUAGCUGCUUUGUCCCAUCAGCCUGGACAGGUGAACCUGAAUCACAAGAGAGAGCUCUAGCAAACACAUAUUCCCCGAGCGGCCUGCUGUGGAUUCAAGCAUAAGUCUUGGCUCCUGUCCUGGAGGUUUUCACCUUCUAGGAAGAGAGGCAGACAGAUAGGUCACUGUCAUCAAGAGAAUCAGUGCUAAAGAAGGCCAACACUGGAGGGAACCAAGUCUCCUGGGACCGAAUGGGCAAUAAUCAUAACUUCCUCUUCUUUAGAUUGCUGCAAAUCUGUUUGCUGGGAUGGGAAACCUGCUCAAAGUCCUUACCAGGGAAAUUGAAAAUUAUCCACACUUUUUCCUGGAUUUUGAAAAUGCCCAGCCCACAGAAGGAGAGAGGGAAAUAUGGAACCAGAUCAGCGCGGUCCUCCAGGAUUCGGAGAGCAUCCUCGCAGACCUGCAGGCUUACAAGGGCGCGGGGCCUGAGAUCCGAGAUGCGAUUCAGAAUCCCAAUGACAUUCAGCUUCAAGAAAAAGCUUGGAAUGCAGUAUGUCCUCUGGUUGUGAGGCUAAAGAGAUUUUAUGAAUUUUCCAUAAGGCUAGAGAAAGCUCUUCAGAGUUUGUUAGAGUCUCUGACCUGUCCACCCUACACGCCAACCCAGCACCUGGAACGGGAGCAGGCCCUUGCGAAGGAGUUCGCAGAAAUUCUUCAUUUUACCCUGCGAUUUGAUGAGCUGAAGAUGAGGAACCCAGCCAUUCAGAAUGACUUCAGCUACUACAGAAGGACGAUAAGUCGCAACCGCAUCAACAACAUGCAUCUAGACAUUGAGAAUGAAGUCAAUAAUGAGAUGGCCAAUCGAAUGUCCCUCUUCUAUGCAGAAGCCACACCAAUGCUAAAAACUCUUAGCAAUGCCACCAUGCACUUUGUCUCCGAAAACAAAACCCUGCCAAUAGAGAACACGACAGACUGCCUCAGCACGAUGACAAGUGUCUGUAAAGUCAUGCUGGAAACACCGGAAUAUAGAAGUAGGUUCACCAGCGACGAGACACUGAUGUUCUGCAUGAGGGUCAUGGUGGGGGUUAUCAUUCUGUACGACCACGUCCACCCCGUGGGAGCUUUCUGCAAGACAUCCAAGAUCGAUAUGAAAGGCUGCAUAAAGGUUUUAAAGGAACAGGCCCCGGACAGCGUGGAGGGGCUGCUGAAUGCCCUCAGGUUCACUACCAAGCACUUGAAUGAUGAAUCAACUUCCAAACAGAUUCGAGCAAUGCUUCAGUAGAGCUCUGCUCAGAGAAGAGAAGAGGAUCUAUGUACUGACCUCAGAAGAUGUACAUGUUUACAUAAUUUAAUACAGAUUGAUGUUAAUACUUGUGUAUUUACAUAGCCGUUUCAUUCUUGUCACUGAAAUAUAUGGACUUUAAUUUGUAUCUUGACUGACUCGACCCAGCAGAGCAUAAAUUAACUUGAGAGCCUUACCUUUGAUGUCUAAAACAAAGCCCUCUUCUCCAAAGCCAAAAUUUGGCGAUGUUGAUCUUUGCUACUGCAGUCCUUUAACUACCCCGAUAACAAUCCGAAAUUCCCAAUAGUUUGUGGUAGUGUUUUAAUUCUAGAUGUGUAAUCUCUCUGGGAAGUUUACUUAUAGAAACACGAACUAUUUGAUUUCCUGUGUCGGCUUGGCUACAAGAAACACAAGCAUUAUCCUGACAGAGGGAGAGAGGAAUCCAAGAAAAGAAAAAUGCAUGUGAAGACUCAAACUCAAGUGUUUGAAAUUCAGCACGCCCCCCCACCCCACCUCUUUCCUCAGACUGCAAACCACAUGUGCAGCUUUUUUGUUUGCACGUAUUUUAUUUAUCAACCUAUUCCCCUUCUCUCUGGAUUUAUAUUCCUCUAACAUUCCCUUUCGAUUCUGCAAGAGGAAAAUCAUCUGCACUUGAAUCCAUUUGUAAGAAAGAAGUGGGGAUAGAUAGAUAUGCUCUCAUAGAUGAGCUGGGAAGAUGGUUGUCAUGGAAGUGGGGGCAGGCUGGGAGGAAGGAGACACAGGCAACAGGACAGUCCUCUCUCCACUUCAGGCCUCUGGCUUUGGGUAAUUUUACUGGCACUCCAGGUGUCUGUGGAGUGCUGGAAGCCCAGCCCCCCUCC